CUGUUACAUUAAAUAAUGAAUUUCAGUCAACCUGGAAUGAGUGAACAUUCAGACUUCUGUUAUGCGUCUGUGAAUACAUCUUGCCCAAAGACCACCUACCCAACAGCGAUACGGAUUCCACUGUAUAUAUUCUUCCUGACCAUCAUUAUUCUAACCAUGUGUGGAAACCUCCUUGUCAUCAUUUCCAUCGCUCAUUUCAAACAGCUGCACACUCCAACCAACUGCCUUGUCCUCUCUCUGGCAGUGACUGACUUCCUUCUAGCAGUAGUCAUCAUGCCUCCUAGCAUGGUGCGCACGAUUGAGACGUGCUGGUACUUGGGAGAUGUGGCCUGUAAACUCCACUCAAGUACAGAUGUAAUGCUGUCCAAUGUGUCCAUUUUGAAUCUUUCUUUCAUUUCAAUUGAUCGAUAUUAUGCAGUUUGCCAACCCCUCCACUACCGCACCAAGAUCACCAGUGUUACUAUAGUGAUCAUGAUCCUGAUCAUUUGGAACCUGCCAUUCAUCAUUGGGUUUGGGAUGAUCUUCAUGAACCUGCAUAUUUUGGGUGUCGAAGAUUUUUACUACAAAAACUUUCACUGUUUUGGAGGCUGUUUCAUUUUCCAGAGUAAAGCAGCUGGUCUCAUAGGUUCAGUUCUGUCUUUUUACAUACCAGGGUUCAUUAUGGUUAACAUCUAUCGGAAAAUCUUCCACAUUGCACUGAAGCAAGCCCGCUCAAUUCAAAGCACUGCAUGUCAGCAGAUACAAUCUGGAAACAGCACAUCUUCAAGCAACAUGGAGCGAAAGGCUACAAAGACUCUGGCCAUUGUUAUGGGGGUAUUCCUGUCAUGCUGGUCACCCUUUUUUAUAUGUAACAUAAUUGAUCCAAUCAUUAAUUAUUCUAUUCCACCUGUUUUGUUUGAUGCAUUUGUCUGGGUUGGCUACUUCAAUUCAACAAGUAAUCCUAUUGUUUAUGCUUUCUUUUACAGUUGGUUUAGGAAAGCCUUCAAAAUGAUAAUUUCUGGCAAAAUAUUUCAAGCUCAUUCCUCAAGAAUAAAACUGUCCACAGACUGA